AUGCUUCUUCGUUUGUUGUCUCCUCAUCACCUGCUGCUGCUGCUGCACCACCGCCAGAGCUCCUACGGCUGCCGCCUGCACCCCAACACAGCAGCAGCUGCUGCUGCUGCUCCUGCUCCUGUUGGUGAGCUGGGAGCAGCAGCAGCAGCAGCAGCAGCACCACCCUCUCCAUCUGCUGCUGCACCACCGCCAGAGCUCCUACGGCUGCCGCCUGCACCCCAACACAGCAGCAGCAGCAGCACCACCGCCAGAGCUCCUACGGCUGCCGCCUGCACCCCAACACAGCAGCACCACCGCCAGAGCUCCUACGGCUGCCGCCUGCACCCCAACACAGCAGCAGCAGCAGCAGCAGCAGCAGCAGCAGAAGCAACAGAGAAGCAGCAGCAACAGAAGGACCAGCAACAGCAGCAGCAGCAACAGCAGCAGCAGCAACAGCAGCAGCAACAGCAGCAAACGACGUCAAUUAACAACAAGUAG